CUAUGAUGAUCGGAAGGGGUGGGGCGGAAAGUGCGGCUGUGAAUGGCGUCUGCGGGCCCGGCCCGGGGAUGGAGGGCGGCGAAGCGGGCGGCGGGGGACUUCUGCAGCAGAUCCUCAGCCUUCGCCUGGUGCCCCGCGUCGGCAAUGGCACCACCACCUACUCCAGCCCUCUCUCUACCUUCCCAGAGAUGUGGUACGGCGUCUUCCUGUGGGCGCUCGUGUCUUCCCUCUCCUUUCACGUUCCGGCAGCUUUGCUAGCGCUCUUCACGCUCCGGCACCACAAGUACGGCAGGUUUAUGUCCGUGAGCCUCCUGCUGAUGGGCAUCGUGGGACCCAUUACCGCUGGCAUUCUCACAAGUGCUGCCAUUGCUGGAGUUUACAGAGCUGCAGGGAAAAAAAUGAUUCCCUUUGAAGCCCUCAUUUUGGGAGUGGGCCAGACAUUCUGCGUGGUGGUGGUUUCAUUUCUACGCAUUUUAGCCACUCUCUAGCUCUUCUUCAGGUACUAGAGCUCUCAGAUUAAAGGAAGAGCAAAGGAUCAGCUGCCUGUGCCACCUCUGAAACAAAUCAGAGGGAACACAACGGGAGGUGUGCCUGGGUGUGUGCUUUCUCUGCUGGAUAAAGGUAACCCAAGGGCCUGCUCCUGCUUCCAGCAUGGCUGGAAAUUAAGCUUAAAAAAAUGGUGAUUUUUGUUAUUUUUUAUAACAUUAAGUGCCAAGUGAAACUUUAUUUCCCUGGAGGAUAGGAAGCUAAAUGGCUUCUGGAGCAGAAGGCCCAUCUACCUUUUACCAGUGAUGAAUUCUAGCCACAGGAUGUAGCUAGGAGGUGACAGUAGCUGUUGUGGGCUAGAACCAGUGCUACAGAGUGAAGUAAUGCUCACUUAAUGCUUUGACUUCUUGCUGCUUUGUUUGCAGUGAAUUCUUCUAAUGUGAAUUUUUAAAUGAGAAAAUGAAUUUGUUUUCUUCCUGGCUGGAAUACUAGCUCUUGCUCAUAGCGAAUUUGGAAGCAGCAAAAGGAAAAAUCAUUUUAGACAGAUGAAAUCACAGAUUUGUUGCUGAGAACUGUGACUGUGAAUACUGCAGUGGGGGGAAUAACUGGUGUAAAAAGGAUUGCUAUCUUUGUGUAUUUUACUACAGUGAAGCCCUCCAGGCACUGUGUACCUUCUGCCUGAGAAGCAGAGCACAGCUGAUGGGGCACUACACCCCACUGCCCACACUAGGAAUCCCAGGGCGCAUGUGUGAGCACUCACUGUUGCUUCUUGGGCUCUGAAGGAGACUCGUGGUUUUAAACGUCUCCAUUCUCCUUUUACUUGCUGAUCAUGUUUACAGUGGUGUGGUGGAAUUGGGUGUGUUUGCUGACACGGAAACAUAGCUGGCCAGCUUAUACAAAACUCAGCACACUGCUUCUUAGGUGACUGCACUGGUUGGUAGCGGGUUGUUGGGAUCUGGGGCUUCCUGGGUGCAGAGGCAGCCAGCUCACAGCAUGGUGCCGAGUAGGAUUCCUGCAAGGCUCCUGGGGGGAGCCGCGGUAAUUCCAAUGUCCCAGUCCAACCCGUGCCAGCAGGCAGCGUGGUCUCUCAGAAUGAAUUGAUUUAGUUUGAUUUAAUUGACUUUUAACUAACUCUUAGAGCUGGCCUUUUGCCAGCAGACAUACCACAUGGCUGGGGCGCUGCAGUAGGUGGCUGGAUAUUUCCUUGGAGCUUGGGUUUUGGGGUACCUUGGAGAAGGUGAGGUUGAGUGCCAAAGAUGAGGGGUUGAUGUAGCCAGUCCCAUGGCUCUGCUGUGGUCCUUUGGUUAUUGCCAUUGGCAUGGCAUGGGCUGCCAAGGGAAGGUGCGAUCUGUAUCCAGCCUUGCAGAACACAUCAGUGUUUUUGCUGAACUCCUUUGGUUUCCAAACCUGCUUGCCUGUUGUACCUGCAACUUAUCAUAAGACCAGUUAUCCUUCAUGAGCCAUGUGUCCUAUCUGCUGAAACAACCCUAAGCAGGGCACUCUGUGUAUCAUGAAGAAGAAUUUCUCUCUAUGUACUAAUUAAUUUCUCAGGAGCAGUCUAUUGGCAGCCAAUGGCGAGAUGUGUUUUUCAGGAGCUACUUACUGAGAUUACCCUAAAUUUUAUCCCAUGUUAAUUCAGGAAAUAAAGCUGUGCAUUUUAGGGAA